AAUGACGGAAUUCGGGUGGCGUCGAUUCAAUUUUUUCGAUCGAUCAGUGGUAUUCGACAAGGAUGAUCCAAAGCAGAAAUUUAUGGGUUUGAAAGAUGUGGCAGUUGAUUGUUGGUGCAGUUCUGGAGGAUCUGUGUAUCUUGGAGAAGCCAAGGGCGGCGUUUUUCAACUGACCAAUCAAUUCAGUGAAUACUACUGGAAAGCGUAUCAAAAAUCGCUCGCCUCCCUUCACUCUGCCGACAAAUACCUAUUUUCCAUUGGAGAAGACGAUGAAACAGUCAAUACAUUGCUAAAGAUCUGGGAUCCAGAACGAGUUGAAAAGAAUACUCCUCAUGUGAUGAGAACAAUUCGAAUGUCUCCACUUAAUCCAACUUCAUCAUCACCAGCAUGUAGUAUUGCAGUACAUUCAAGUCUUCAAUCAGUUGUAGUUGGUUAUACAGAUGGAACUGUUUUAUUUUAUCAAGGAGAUGUACUUCAUGAUAAAAGUUUGAAUUCACGAUGGAUUAAAGUUCGAGAUUCUUCAGUUGGAGAGGGUUCAGUUACAGGACUGGCUAUUGCAGUUCUUCCCGCUUCAAAAACCGUUGUAUUUGUAAUUACUCAAAAGCACGUACAUUCUUAUGUCCUAGAAAAUGGACGAACUGUAAUUGCUCAUAAGAAACACGAUGCAAACGGAGCAACUGCAGAUUGUUGGACUUUUGAUGAAAGUACUGGACAAUUGAUUGUGGCGAGUCGGGAAAUGCUCUUUUUCUACGAUGCUGAUCAGUGUAUUGAUAUGGAUGGUGGAGAAGUUGGAAGAUGUUUGCAGUUGGGUAGAGGACAUGAAAAGCUUCAAUUAGUUGCUAGUGGACAAUAUUUGGCUUUGCUCACCAAGCAUCAUUCUCUUAUUCAAAAAGAACGCGAUUCGGAGUUUAUGACAAUGCUCAGCGUCUACGAUAUCAAAGGACAAUACGUCGGAUUCUCAUGUUCACUUCCCAAUCUUUGUCGCCUAUUCAUUGCCGGAAGUACCAUGCUUGUGCUAAGUCACGAUGGCCUUUUAUCAGAGCUGAUUGAGAAGAAUCUUGCUACAAAAUUGGAUAUUUUAGUGAAAAAGAGCAUGUUUGAUGUGGCAGUGCUCAUUGCAAAGAAUAGCAGAGAUGGUGGAGAUUAUUUGAAAGGAAUUCAUGCUAAAUAUGGAAAUUAUUUGUAUGGAAAAGGCGAUUAUGAGAAUGCGAUUCAACAGUAUAAGGAAACAAUUGGAAUGUUGGAACCAUCAUAUGUGAUGAAAAGAUAUUUGGAUAGCUCCAAAAUUAAAGAAUUAUGUAUCUACUUGGAAUGCCUUCACGAUGCAAAACGAGAUAAUGAGCAUCAGACAAAGAUUCUAAUGAACGCCUACGCAAAGCAAGGAGAAAAGAAGAAACUUAUGGAAUUUGUGAAUAAAAUUACAGAUGGAACAAGAGUUUCUAGAAUGAGAGAUGUUUUUGAGAUCCUUCUAAAGUGGAAUUACCUGGCCGAAGCAUCACUGUUAGCGACGAAAUUUCAAAUGCAUGAAGAUGCUCUUAAUGUGAUAAUUCAUCAUAUGCAUAAAUAUACAAUGGGUGUCACUUAUAUCUCAAAAAUGCCAAUUGAAAGUGUAAUUGAAAUGACUGGAAAGUUUGGAAGAGAUCUAUUGAUUCAUGCACGAGAUGACCUGAUGCAUAUGUUAUGGGAGAAGAUUCAAGAGAAUACGGACGCUAAAAAGAACAAUUUUAUGCGAAUUUUUGACAUUUUCAUGGGUGAUAUGGAUGCUUCUCGAGUCUUUUUGAGCUAUAUUGAGAAUCAAACAAAUGAACAUGAUGAGUUCAUUAUUCCGAUUCUUGAGUGCCAGAUGAGAUUAUUUAAAGUUAACAGUGAUUGGAGCCAGGAGCGUCUUGAAGAGGAUAUCUAUCGAUUUAUUAAUAAAAAGAAUGAGGACGCGGCUCUUCAAAUGGCACAGUUAUUUGAUUGUACUCCAGUGAUUGAGCACAUUUUGAUGAGAUGUCAUAAGUCGAAGGAAUUAAUGAUGUAUCAUCAGAAAAAAAGAGAUUUGGAGGCGAUUAUUAGGCUGUGCCAAAGCUGUUCGAAAGAGGAAAAACGCCGCUUGUGGCUCGAUGCACUGUCUUUCAUUGGAAAACACGCGACAGCGAGGGACGAAUUAAUUAUUAUUGAUCUACUGAAAGAAAUUGAAGCAUCCGAGCAAAUUCAUCCGCUUGUCGUCCUGGAGCUUCUUGCUAAAAAUGAGCAUUUGACAAUUUCCUCGGUUAGGGAUUAUAUUAUCGCGUGGCUUCGAAAGCAACAAAUUAUCAUUGAAGAAGACAGAAAUACGAUUAAAGAAAAUAAUAAGGCAAUGGGAGAAUUGGAUGGAACUGUUGAAUCGUUGAAGUUCAACGCUCAAAUAAUGCAAGUAACCAAGUGCUCGGCGUGUGAUACACCUCUACAACUUCCAACUGUACACUUUUUAUGCAAACACGCAUAUCAUGUACACUGCUUCGAAUCGUAUAAUAUGGAUGGAAGUGACAAGUGUCCUGCAUGUCAGACAACUCGUGACACCACUCGAGAUGAGGAGAUUAGUUAUCACAAGUUUCAAAAGGAGUUGGCAGAAGCUUCGAAUGGAAUGGAACUUAUUGCGAUGUAUCUACAAAGAGGACUUUUUGAUGAGAAAACGAAGAAAACUAAGAAAUCUGAGGCUAAAAAAGACCCAUUCUCCACCGGCAGAGCCUCUACCACAACAAAUCCGUUCGACGACGAUGAAGUAACGACAAUCUCGAGAACAAUGUCAACAGUAUCCAGUAAUAUGGCAACACCGUCCCGACAGAGAUCAAUCACACGGAAAGACGAUGAUUCAACGAAUCCAUUCUUCAAUUCUGAUUCUGGAACUCGGCUGAGCACAUAUGACGAGUCGAAGAAUCCAUUUGGAGCACCAGCUCCGUCCACUAACCCGUUUGAUUAAAAUAUUCAUACGUUGUAAAUAUUUAUUUAUCACCCCUCCCUUCUUUUAUUGCCUUAUAGUUUCUUCUGGUCAUUCAUAUUUUUUCUUGUGAUAAUUUUUAUAUACGAAAUAUUACCCUUCUCCGCGAUUUUAUGCCAAAAAUACGGUAUUAGGUCUCAACGCGAUUUUUUUUUCAAAUGCGAAUAGGUGUGCACUUUUAAAGAGUAAUGUAAUUUAAAUUGUUUUGGAAUAUGCAUCGAUUUUUUAGAAUUAAAAAACUAAAAUUGAUUUGUGAGAAUCUAUAAAACUAUAAAAAUUCG